GAGCGAUAAUAGAGCUCUGAUCUGCCUCGUAGGAUUCAAAUUUGAUAGCUGUUUAACGGCCAGCGAUGCUUACCGUUGUUUGUUUGGCUCUAAUCUUACCCUCAACAAAUGGUGUGAAUUUUACUAAAAGUGAAUAUAUACCAUCAACAGCGUAUAGGAAUACUGGAGCGAGACCAGGACGCGUAAAUAAGUUCCAGGGGUAGCGUUUACGUCGGCGACACAAUAACUGAACGAUGGUUUUCAACCGUAAAGAUCUCGCGAAAGCGUUUUCGCCGAACAAAUUGAAGGUUCACGCCCGCAAGCGGCCUACGGCGGGUAACCCCUCGCAAAAAAGUACGACAAACGGCGUCGCUCCAAACUCCGUAAAAAACGAGGCGGGAGGCUCGCAGGCAGCAAACGUGAGAGUAAUCGUUCGCGUACGUCCUGAGAAUGAACGGGAAUUGCAAGGUAAUCAGAGAAUCAUCGUCAAGACAAUAGACGACAAGAUGCUGAUAUUCGAUCCGAAAGCCGAGGAAAAUCCGUUCUUCUAUCAAGGCGUUGCACAGAAGGGCCGUGACCUGCUCAAAAAGCAAAACAAAGAGAUGGAGUUUAUUUUCGACAAGGUGUUCGACUCUACGGCCACAAACCUGGACGUCUUUCAAGGCAGCACCAAGAAUAUCAUAUCCAAUCUCCUCGAUGGCUACAACUGUUCCGUUUUUGUCUACGGUGCAACAGGCGCUGGAAAAACUCACACGAUGUUGGGGGGUGACGGGGAUCCAGGCAUAACUUAUCUCACUAUGGCUGAACUUUUUGCAGAAAUCAAUGAGCAAAGUGAACAGAAGGAGUUCAAUCUAGGAGUGAGCUAUCUUGAAGUUUACAACGAAAAUGUUCAGGAUUUACUCAAUAAAUCUGGACCUCUGCACAUCAGAGAAGAUGGAAGGUGUGGCAUCAUGGUAGCCGGACUGAAAAUUAUGUCUAUAAACAGUGCCGAUGAAUUACUGGCCCUCUUGGCAAAGGGGAAUAGAAAUCGGACGCAGCAUCCGACUGACGCUAAUGCGGAGAGCAGCCGAAGCCACGCGGUUUUCCAGGUUUAUGUCAAAGUGACAAAUAAGUUGGACGGUCAAGCAAGGCAGGUAAAAUUAUCGAUGAUUGAUUUAGCCGGCUCUGAACGGGCUUCUGCGACCGGAUGUAAAGGAGCCAGAUUCAAAGAGGGGGCUAACAUCAACAAAUCUUUGCUGGCACUCGGCAACUGCAUCAAUAAUUUGGCUGACGGUCUGAGUCACAUUCCAUACAGAGACUCAAAGCUGACGAGACUAUUGAAGGAUUCACUGGGUGGAAAUUGCCAGACUGUCAUGAUAGCCAAUGUCAGUCCCUCAAAUUUAAGCUAUGAAGACACGUACAAUACUUUGCGAUAUGCUAAUAGAGCAAAGAAGAUAAAGACAAACAUGAAGAAGAGUGUUGUAUCUUGCCAAAUGCAUAUUACAGGGUAUAUCAAGAUGGUGGAGGAACAAAAGAAGGAGAUUGAGACCCUUAAGCGGAAGUUGGUGGAAGUUCAAACCAGCUCAGCUGCGCCUCUGGUUAGACAAGAAGAAGAUUUAUCCGAAUGGCAUAUAAGGAUAUCGCAAUUGUACGAGAAAAAGAGAGUCUUGAACACUAAGAUCCUUUCACUCGAAAGUAUGGACAAAAUAUUGUGCUGCAGAAUAGAAUAUAAAAAGAAGGCAAACUCCAGAUUACGCGCCUUAAGUUUUGACGUUGAUGCUGUGAUUCCUGAUGAAGUUAACUCUAGUGGUAAAACACGUGUUAACAAAUCGAUGUGCUUCUUUAAGAGGCAGAGAGAGAGUAUAAAAAUUCAAAUGGAUGCUGUGUGGAAUGAGCUACGAGAAAUUGAAACUGAACUUCAUAAUUUGAAUCUCGAAAUAGAAUCAAACGGUCUUUCAAAUAAAUUGGCUGAUAAAAUAAUAAUCUGCAGAAAAGACAUUAAUCAUUCCAUAGUUGAACAGCAACUGGAACAUUCGAAGAAACUUUCUAAUCUUCAAGAGUCCGAGAUACUUUCUACAGGCAACAUCGUUCAGCUGGUGGGUAAAACUUUGGUCAGAUUUUUCAACCUGAUGCACGGGUAUGGGACGAUUACUGAUCCGAUGAGAGAAGAAUUCAAACAGCUUAUCAAAACAUCUGAAGGAGUUAAGAGCAUCAAGUGGUCAGAUGAAGAAUUAACAAUGGAAGAAAAACAGUUUCACAACUUUGGAUCUCUCAGUAUUGAGCAGCUUGAUAAUCCUCUGCAAUACGAAUCACCACCGUCACCAAUGGUAUUACUAGAGGAUGACGAAAAUCCAAAUGAUAGCGUAAUAAAUUCAACGUUUGAUACUGUUCCCACAGAGGAAGAUCUGGCCAAGUCGAAUAACAUGACAAUUACGGUCGAUGCAAAAGAGGCAAGUUUGAUAGAAACAGAAAGCGAGGAUUGUGGAGAUGAAAUAACUGGUGAGAAGGGAAUUGAUACGGAAAAGUUGAACAAUACGUUUAAUUUGGUCGAAAAUAAAGCUAAGAAACGUGUUUUAAUGGAUAAAAAUCACGUGACGAGCAAACCGACGGUGAAUAAACUGGCAAAGAAACUAACGCCGCAAAAGAAUCAGAAACCUUUGCGGGAAAAUAACAAUUCCACUGGCAAGGAGAACAAGACUGUCACCAAAAGCGUUAUGAGCGCUAAGAGUAUUGCUAUUUUGAACAAAAUGAAAGCUGAGCGGAUGAAGAAUUUACAAUCCGCCAUAAACGAACCAUUCAGCGAUAACCCUACUUUGGCCCAUACGAAGACGGUGCGUCUAAAAGACAAGAGAGGCUUGUUGUCCAGCUCGCAUCCUUACAACAGACCUAGUGCUAAGCAGAAAUUUAACUCAGCGCUGCCAUCUUCACGGGUUCCCUGGUAAUCCUACGAGCUAGUACAAACGUUUCUUUGAUAUGCAUUUUUACCCAAGUAAAAACUUAUACAAUUCAGAGUCAGUAUAGAAUUUUUAUGCAAAAAACAUUGUGUAAUUGCUAGUUUUAAACUUGGAAGAUUAGAAUAAUAUUAUUUUUUCUACUCCAAUCACGUGAUACCAGGUGUAGAGUUGAGACCAAUAUUUUUGUUAAUUCCAAACAAUGAGCUGCAUAUGCAAAUAUUACGAUUCUCAUGAAGUACAUAAAUAAUUACCUGAGCGUACGAGAACGUGGGAAUUAUAAGUACCGUACAAUGUAAUAUUUACAUAGCUUAAUAAUUGAAUUGAACUCGUAAUUUCGUAAAAAAAAACUGGCGUGGCGACAAAAUAUUAGUUUUCAUGUUUUCUCCAUAAUACGUGUGUUUGUCCACGUUAUUUGGGUUCAAAAUUUUAUCGCCGAUGAUGAAGAUAUGUAAAAAUUUCUGAAUUAAUUAAUACCGGUAUUACUUUAUGUUAAUAACACAUUAAACUUUAUUGACUACAAUAAUUAUAAAUAUUUGAUAGUAGUUUUAUAUAUGUAUAUGUAUAAUGUAAAGAAUUUAUUAAU